AUAAAUUAACAUGCUUAUAACACGAAGAAUAUCAGUUCACAUUGUGCCCUCACUCUCUGAAAAAAUGGAAAGACAGGAAGAUGAAAACACACAUGGGGAGACUGUGCAGGCCACUACAUUUCACCUCCUUUUCAGAGCUUUACCCCUCCCUCUCUGUAUUGCAGCAAUGGUCAUCAUGCUUCACAACAGCCAGACCAAUGAUUAUGGAGCUCUUCACUACUCCAAUGUUGCUGCAUUCAAGUAUUUGAUCUAUACAAAUGGGAUCUGUGCUGGAUACUCUCUGUUGUCGGCCAUAGACUCUGCUCUUUUUGCAGGUCUUCAGAGCUUAACUAGAGCGUGGAUCAUCUUUAUUUUGGAUCAGGUUUUGACAUAUGUAACCCUAACUUCGGUGGCCACUGGUGUGGAGAUUUUAUUCCUGAGCUACGAGGGAGAUCACAAAGUAACAUGGAGUAGAGUUUGUGUUUCGUUUGACAAAUUCUGUUAUAAAGCGAGGACAUCCAUUUUCUUAAGUAGUGUUGUCCUUGUGUGUUUUGUUGUGAGCUCCAUCAUUUCAGCUUACAAGCUUUUCACCAAUUACGAGCCGCCCCUGACAAUUGAAGAUCAUCAAAACCAGUCUGAGGGCUGAAGUGGGGGAAGAUUUUCAGUCAUAGUUUUAGUAUAUUGUCUGUAAUAUUUACACAUGUUAAAGAAGGAUUCACUACAUUCUACCUUUUCUGGCCCAUGACAGAGUCUGCUUUCAUUAAUGGCGGAUCUGUUUAGUUCAGAAAUAAUGUACACGUCAUGGUUUUCUCAUGUCAGAUAAGCAGUCCUUUUACAAAGAAUCCAAAUGUUAUCCAUUCAAAUAAAAGUGGUUCUAGAUGAUGAAAUAAAAUGGCCCGUGAGUCCUUGGAAUUUUAAUUAAUAAAUAAAUACUGUUGUAUUUGUGCUUGCA